AAGCGAUAAAUGCGAGUUGGUCUGAGCUCAUAACGGUCUCAGUUCCACGCAGGAGAACCGCUGUUCCUUCCUCAGUUUGUCGCCUUGAUUUCGUCUUUUUUUCCCCGCUCAAAGAUGAAGAGAAUCGCUUUUAUAUUCGCUGUCGCUUUCUGCUUUGCCGUUGGUCAAGCUCUAGAUUGCUACCAAUGCAAAAUCGGCUUGUGGGACCUGUGCUUCACAACAAAGACCACGUGUAGCAGCGGAGAACAAUGCUUCAGUGGGAUUGGGAAAGCAGCUGGCUUCAUGGACAUCAAAAUGAAGGGCUGUCUUGCAGUUGCUAAGUGCAACAUGACUUCAGAAGAAAACUUCUCUUUCAGCAGUAACAUCACCGUUUACAAAAUGACCAAGACCUGCUGUAACACCGACCUGUGCAACUCGGCACCAGGCCUGCCUGGGACCUCCGGGCUCACCCUGGCCCUCACCGCCCUUUCUGCUCUGUUUGCAACACAUCUUAUGGUUUAACCUGACGGCACAGCGUACAUAACCAGUUAGCACUACGAGGAUUAAAUAACUACUUAUGAGUGGUGUGGAAUCUUUUUUACUUUUCCUGGUUCUUUGCUUUUUUCAGAUGUAUAGUCUUGGUUCUGGAAGUGAUUUUGUUUGAGUGAACUCUCUUCCCUUUUGUAUUUUUGUACAUGCAUCAUCUCUCAUUUUAAUCACCCAGACCAAACGUUAGCGAAUAGGUCUGUUCAAAACAAAUGUCCUAACAAACAAACAACCACAUAUGAACUGAAUCAGUGUCAUAUUUGGAUCUCAAAAACAAAGCUAAUGUCUCACCUGCUGAAUUAGUCCAGGUCAGCAUAAAGACAGAAAACAAAACAACAAUGCUAGGUUAGCUUACCCAGCACCUGUUGUUUAUUAAAUGCUGUGGAGUCAGCGCAGGUUGUUUCUGUGGAAUUUGAAUGUGUGUAAAAUAUUAAAGCAGUCUGAUGUAAAGUUAUCAGUUAAAUCUGUAACCUCCUCUGUUCAGAUGUUAUGACUCCUUUCUUUAAAACAAACUUUGGCAUUUCUUUCAAAAACAUAAACAUAAAACAUUAUUUUGUGUAUCUGGAUUUGAACAUUUUUAAUAUGACUAAAAAUAAAAAUGGGGAAAAGAA